CACUCCUCCUGUGAGCAUUUGUGAGGCAGCUCCUGUCCCUUAUGUCUCUUUGUGGGGAACAGAACAGACUUCCCAGAGCAUCACUGGAGACAAGACAGAGCUCUAGGGAGGACACCCCAGGUGCAGACCUCCAUGCAACCCUGGCCUCAACUACUGUGGAUGCCAAGAUGAGCACAGGGAGAGGAGACGCAGACCUACUCAAGCUGGAGUAAAACAUCCAGAGGUCCACAACAGGAGGUGGAACUUAACAGCUGGACAACCCAAGAGGUCAAUUUUGAGUUGAAGGCGACAUGAUCAGCAGAUCAAAAUCAACAGCGCUGGACUGGAUCGCUAAGAAAAAGGUGGAGUCUUAAUUUGAGCUUUUAGUGUCUCUUUAGAAAAGUUUUGUUAAAGACGAAUCGACAAAGUACACCAUAUCUUUUGCAGCUAUUAAGGAUAAAAGCACCAAAUGAAAUAUAUACAAACAACGGAGAGAGGAUAAUUUAUCUUAGUUUUUCUUCUUCUUUUUUUUAUCCAUCUCCAGAGCUUUUUCCAAAUAGUCAUUUGUGGUAUGAAAUUGAGAUGUUCUUUAAAGAACAUCUUGAAUGGUCCCGACAGUGCUCUUAAUUCACCAGCCAGGCGUUUAUCUUAUUUCUCCAGCUCUUUCUGAGAGGAAGCAUUAAAGACUUCAUUGAUAGUGCUCUUGGGGAGUGGGUAAUAUUUCUUAUGUGAAGUCUUGAAACUUUACUGCUGUUGACUGGAGGGAGAGAAAGUGCCACAUACAUAAGAAAAUGAUGUUGAGCUGGUUUCCAUGUGGGAAAAGUGCGUGUCUGGACUAACAUUACGGCAGAGCAUUGAAGACAGAAGAAAUGUUCACAGGGUGUGGAGUGGUCAGUGGCCAGAACCAGUACCUGAUCAGAGACGCUGUCAGGCCCCAUCCCGGACUAGAGGUGAACAGAGCGAUCCAAAUGGAGAAUGGGGUUAUCCCAGGGACCUGCUCUGUCUACCAGAAUCAAACUUACAGCAAUGCUGGCCAGCCAGCAGUGGUCAACAGUGUUUCCAGCCCGCUGAAGCCUGCGCCACUGCCAGUCCCUCCCCCUGCACUCAAACUAGGGCAGGAAGGGUUUAAGAAAGUCUGCCGAACUGAGGAGGACAGCCCCUGUCCCUUUCCAGGACUGGCCUCUGGGGUGCUGGAGAUGCGUGUGAAAGAGGGAAGUAAGAUCCGCAACUUAAUGGGAUUUGCCAUGGCACGGAUGCAGGGAGAGAAGGGUGUAAGUGGGGGAGGUGUGAGUGGCGGUGGGCUCAGGCAGGUGGUCUUCACCGGGUCAGGCCGUGCAGUCACAAAGACCAUCACUUGUGCUGAGAUCAUGAAACGAAAAGUGGGCUCUCUGCACCAGCUGACCAAACUGCGGUACAAGGUGGUGAAAGAGGUGUGGGAGAGUAGUGAAGGGGGGACAUCUGAAAUGACGGUGCACAGGACGGUGCCCUCCAUCAGCAUCCUUCUUUCCAAAGACCAACUGGAUACCCAGGAACCGGGCUAUCAGCCUCCAGAGACUCUCAGUGCAUUGUGGGAGGAGAGAGAGGGUGUCGAAUCGGCCUCGCAGACAGCAUGCAAGAGACCUCUUGGACAUUUGCCAUACAGCAGUUUCCCCCACUGUAAGAGAGUGUGUUUGGGGGAAGGAGUCUCAGUGCACCCUCCUCACUGACUGGCUGAACCGGUGUCAAACAGUGGAGAGGAUUGAAUCAGAGGAGUUCAUUUGGCGCUGCCCUCCACUCAAGCACAAUGCUGAGACAAUCAGAACACUCACUCAGACAGAACAGUGCUUUCUCAGAAGAACUGAGUACCAAUUCCAGCCUCCAGAGGUCAGUUUGACUGGGACCUGAAAGCUUGCCUCUGUACAUACAGCAUUUAAGGGAUGUGUUUCUCGGCACGUCAUGGUCUCUCACAUCCACAUGACUGUGAUGUGUGUUACCGUGCUAUAAAAUCUUUAACAGAUUCACAUCCCAUUUCACACCGACAAAAGAAAAAGCCAUGAAUUGCACAGGUUCCAGAUUCCUGCUUGCAGUAAACUAUCUACAGCCCGUGGAUGAAAUCAUUUAUAAGCAUCAUGUUCCAAUCAUCUCUAUUUCUCCAUACUCUUAAGUGUAGCCUUUAAAAAUACACAAGGUAGACCCAAGAAUAUAAAAUGAAAACAGAUUUAAGCCAUUGAUGGUAUGACAAAUGCAAAACAUACCAGUUUUAUUUGUCUGAUUAUUAACUCAUGAAAACAAAAUUAAAUAAAUUGGAUUUUUUUCCCCAGUGGAA